CAAUAAUCAAGGAUAUAAAAGCCAUUACUUUUUCUUCUUUAACCACACUUUACAGCUCCUUUUCGAUAAGGAAGGUCCACUACAUUAAGCAAAAUGUUCUCUAUCAAAUCUAUCGUGCUUAUCGCUGCCGUAUUCGCAGUCGGAGCUGAAUGCAGCGCAGUGCCAGCGGUUCCAGCGGUGGCAGCGGCCCCAUUAUUGGCUCCAGCUCAAAUCGGCUAUGCCCACACUGUUCCUCAGAACGUGCCACCUUACGCAGCUCAAGUGAGCGUUGUCACGAAAGCACUCAAUCCAGUGGUAGCUGCUGCACCUUUGGCGGCGCCUCUAGCGGCCCCUGUCGCUGCCCCGCUUGCAGCCCCUGUUGCUGCACCGCUGGCAGCACCUGUUGCUGCUCCCCUUGCCGCUGCACCUUACCUAGCGCCCGCUCCUUACGCCCUACCCCCAGCACCAUACGCCGCUUACGCUGCCCCUGCAGCUUACGCGGCCGCUCCCUUAGUCCGUUCACCUUUAGCUUUGGCCCCAGCGUUUGUACGAUAGACUGAAGAGAACAUUAGGACUUCCUAUCAAAAGACUUAUGUAAUGUAGACUUGUUUGUUAUUAUUUGUUUACUAUUAUACUUUAUUAUUUUUGGAUUAAAGAAAUGAAUAAAAAAUUUGCGUAUUUUAUUUA